AUACCCAAAAAUAACACAAUGGUAAAAGCAUCUCUCUUCAAAUAUAAAUCUGUUAAUACAAUACAACCAUCAACAAAGGAAGCUUUUGAAGAGAAAGAGAUUUGUGGAUAUUCACCAAAGACAAAAAAGCCAGAAAAACUAAACAGUGAUCAUUUAACAAAAACAAGGGAAAAUCAGCAGACAUAUGAGCUAAUAUGUAAGUCCGACUCAUACGACACAGAAAAUACUUUGCAGAGACCACUUGAUAUCCAAACAAAGCCUCCAAUAGAACUGAUAGAUUUGCAAGCACAACAAUUCUACACAGUAAAAAUGUCUGUAAGGCCAGAUAUGAAGCCAGUACUUGAUCAGCUUUGUUAUUACAUUCAGUCACUACAUGAGAUCACACAACACAAACAGACAUUGCGUUUGAAAACGUCUAAAUGUGUGCCAGAUUUUUCUACACAUGUGAAAUCAACAUUUAGCUCUUCCUCUCGGGUACUCCUUGCCUUUCUUUCUGUUAUGACUUUAAUGAAUGGCUUAUGCCAUUUAAAUGCAUGUGGUCAGGCUGAUGCCAACCUAAGCUGUUCUGAGGCUAUGCUCAUGCUGCAGUCUCUAAAAGAAUUGGCAGAAAUAGAAGACGCAGAGCAUCUAAGGAAAAGUCUAUCCGACCUUCACAACUCAGCAUCUGUUCAGCUCUUACAGAGCUGGAAGAGCUUCCAAGUACUGAUCAAUAAAGCAAGGUGUAGCAGUGCCACACCAGAGACCACUGUGAGUGAGUCCCAUCAAAGUCCAAGUUCAGAGGAGGAAGACCAUGCUAUCCAAGUGCUGAUGGAACAUUUAGGUGUUCCUGAGCGAGUCAGAGAGGAGUUGGCAGCCCUCAACCAUUUAGAUGAAAACAUGAUAUGCAAUCAGACAGAAGACACUGACAAUGUUAGUGAUUCAAUCCCAGCAAUGAAAAUUAAUGGAUUUUCAGAGCUCCACUCUAAAGAGAAAAUGGCUUGUUUCUCAGAUUUUUUGCUGGAAGAUUAUGUGAACAUCUAUGUUAAUUCAGUUAUUGAUAGAGCUAUAACUGCACACCUUAAAGAUAUUUAA